AUGGGACAAAUGAAAAAUCGUCGUCUUGAGCGUGAAGAGUAUGCGAUUGGUUGGGUUUGUUUGCUGGAGACUGAACAUGCCGCAGCGCGAGUGAUGCUUGAUGAAGAAUACGACAGCUACGAACUCGAUGGGCCUUGUAGCAACUUAUACACGCUCGGCCGCUGUGGUGAACACAAUAUUGUUAUCGCUUGCCCACCACCAGGCCAAUCAGGACAUCCAUCAGCAGCAGCCGUAGCAGCUCAUAUGAUAUCGACAUUUAUGUCAAUCCAGUUCACCCUGAUGGUGGGUAUUGGAGCGGGUGUCCCAACAUCAAGAACAGACAUUCGGCUAGGUGAUGUUGUUGUUAGCCAGCCAAAUCGGAAGAAUGGAGGAGUAAUGCAAUUUGACUUGAGGGAAUGGCCUUCUGAUGAAGUUAAUCACAUCGGCUUCAUCCGUACGCCUCCGAGAAUAUUACAAGAUGCCCUCUCAAUCUUACGAGCCGAUCGCUUGGGAUUGAGUAGCACAUCACUAGAAUCUGCUUAUAGACUCCGCGAAUGGCCGAUGUUUAGACGCGAAAACGCAGGACCUGAUCUCUUGUUUGAAGCAGAUUAUUCCCAUGUUGGGGGUCCUAACUGUCGAAUGUGCAGCAGAGCAAGAUUGGUUGAGCGCGAACCACGUCGCGAAAGAGUUGCGAUACAUCAUGGCAUUAUCGCAUCCUGCGAUAGAGUCAUAAAGGACGCUAUUUGGAGAGAUAGGCUGAGCUCACAGUUAGGUGGAGUCAUUUGCUUUGAGUCGGAGGCAUAUGGCCUGAUGAAUAUGUUCCCAUGCCUUUUCAUUCGAGGGGUAUGUGAUUAUGCGGAUUCGCACACAAGCCAUGCGUGGCAGGCGUAUGCAGCAGGCUCUGCAGCGGUCUAUGCGAAGGAGCUACUGUCUGUGAUAUCUUCGGUAGAUGAGAAAAGCUUAUGA